GUGAGAUUUUGGAAAUGUCUGGAAGAGGAAAGACCGGUGGUAAAGCUCGGUCCAAGGCCAGAUCUCGCUCCUCCCGGGCUGGACUGCAGUUCCCGGUGGGCCGUGUUCACAGGCUCCUGAGAAAGGGCAACUAUGCUGAGCGUGUGGGUGCCGGAGCCCCGGUCUAUCUGGCUGCUGUGCUGGAGUAUCUGACGGCUGAAAUCCUCGAGCUGGCCGGUAACGCGGCCCGGGACAACAAGAAGACCCGCAUCAUCCCCAGACACCUGCAGCUGGCCGUCCGCAACGACGAGGAGCUCAACAAGCUGCUGGGAGGGGUGACCAUCGCUCAGGGCGGGGUGCUGCCUAAUAUCCAGGCCGUGCUGCUGCCCAAGAAAACUAGCGCCGCUGCGGGAUCGAAGACCAAGUGAAGCGGCCAUUCUUUAAUAACCCAAAGGCUCUUUUCAGAGCCACCCACAGAGUCUGUGAAAGGGUGACAUAUUGUCUGUCCGCUGCGUGCCGAAUUUCAGUAAUGCUGAAGCGUUUCCUAAUGAUCCGCAAGGACAACCAACUCGCAUCAAAAGAGAAAUUACAUUUCCACCCUAGAGUUUCGGACUGGAAUGCA